UCGACAUUCAUGAGUUAAAAUAGAUAGAUUCAUAAUUAAUGAACUGAAAAUUAUUGGCUAAUGAAUUGCUAUUUACUACAGUUAAUAUAAUAAAAUAAAUAUACAAUUUGUUUUGUUCCAAAAUCAUUUGAAUGUCCGUUAAUUAGUAUUAGCGACUUAGCGGGAUAUAAAAUAAAAUUCCAGCAGUAAUUGAUUGCGAUAAAGAUUUUUAGAAAGAGGGAAAGGUAUAAUUUGUUUUUAAAAAAACCAUGGCAACUAUGAUUACCUCAUGGAAUCCUGACAAGAAGCACAGCGACGUAGAAAGGUGGAUUUGCAUUUAUCCCGCUUACUUAAAUAAUAAGAAAACUCUUGCUCAGGGCCGCAGGCUACCGAAAGAUAUAUGUGUUGAAAAUCCUACUCAUCAAGAAAUAAGAGAUGUUUUAUUUCCUACUGGAUUACGUAUAGGUGUUGAAAAUAAGCUCUAUCCACGUGAGCGCAGUAAGGAAAUGUUGCACAGAGGUCGUAUUCGGGUAGAAUUAAAAAGCGAUGAUGGAACUCCACUAAAAGCAGAAUUUCCCACUAGGGAAUCUGUAAUGAAGUAUAUUGUUGAAGCUAUACCAAAGUUGAAGACUCGUCAAAAUCGACCUGCAGAUCAACAACCUCAAGCAGUUCAACAAGGGAGUAAUAAAGCUAAAGGAAAGAAAGGAAGGCGAUAAUCCUAUGAAUCGAAAUUUGAUUUUUAAUAUUAAUAAAGUACUAUUUCAUUAAAA